GCACCCAAAUCCACGAGGGGAGACGUUGUGUUCGGUUCCAGUUCGCACCAGAUCAGAUUGGCGAGGCGGCUGCAAGCUGUGCCGUCAUUAGCUAAAGAGGACCCGCACUGCCGAAGCCCUAGCUUGACGUGUUUGAUUCUUCGUUCAGACCUGCCGAGACUAUUCGAGUCUUUGGCGCUGCUGCCUCUAGCUCAUCGCUCGCCCAAGUCUCCUCCGAGUCCCAAGCUGAGCUUCUUCGACGCGAUCCCAGCCCGAGUCCAUGUUGCUCACCGUGAGCGCCGUCCGCUUCACUUUCGACCCAUAACGGUCCCUGCAGCAGUGCAACGGCACUGAGUACCACUAGUCGCAUUGGCGGGCGCGGAAAAGUAAUUACAGCAUCGACUGGAAGGGCGCGCAAUCGAGCGCGAGCAUAUAGGGGAUACCGCGUAGAAGGAGAAGAGGGCAUCAUGGACAUCAACUCGCUGCUGUCGCCGCAGGACUCGCCGGCGCAAGAGACGCCUCCGCCGCCUCCAGCGCUGGGGUCGCCGUCGAUACAGUCGUCGGGGAAGCGCGCAAUACGGCAGAUUCCCUCGCGCACCCCGUCGGGACUCAGCCAGCAGCUCACAUCCUCGCCGCAGCCGCACAUGUCCUACCACCAGCACAAGCAGCCCUCGCCGGGCGUUGCCUACACCAAUGGCACCCGUCCCAUUCACAGCGCCACGAGCACGCCGCCAGAACGGCCUGUCCAUUCUCCGCGCGACGCACGCAUGACCCCGCCGAACCCGUUGCUUCGAUCGACUCCUGGCAUGGACACUUUGGCGGAUCUGGCGACUAUGCAGCAUCAGCACCAGCAGGCUGCAAGGCAGCACACUGUUGCGCAGAGACCAACGUUUAGUCUCCAAAACAUCCCCCGCACCAUCUCCGGAGGCUCAACAACCGACAUUAGCAUGGGCGAACCCUCACCAAAGAUCCGCAGCUUUACGGCGCGCGCGCUCGCCCCAGAGCACGUUGAUUACCUGACGCAACUGGACAAGUCGCUGAGCGAGAACCCGCUGGACUAUUACAGCCAUGUCAACUUUGUGACUACGCUCCACCAAGGAUUUCAGUACCACAUGUCCGCAAUCGACCCCGGCAAUCCCCAGUCGUAUGAGUUGUUGUCAGUCCUUCAAGAGGCGGGUGCGAGCAUGGCCAAAAUGUAUCCGCUCGGGGAGACCCUGUGGACGUACCGACUCGAGGACGAAAAAGCACUGGCUGCCAAUGUGGAAGACCGCAUGGCUGUGCUCGAGCUGUACAAGAUAGCGACACAGGACGAGCCGUCCAGUGCUCAAAUAUGGGUAGCAUACGGCGAGUACCUUAGCCACCUACUAGCUUGUUCUUGGGAGCAACACCCACCAGAGCAGUGGUCGGAAGAAGAAAGAGCCAUAGGUCGCGAACUCUUUACACCCGUGCUGCUCCAAGAUGUUUGGCGACAGGGCGCAGAGAACGUAAAGUACAACCUCCAAGACAGCAGCCUUGUAUGGGACCGCUACAUCCAGUUUUUGCAAGAAGACCUUGAAAGGAGCGCGUCGAACCAAGAAAAACAGGACAAAGCGAUGCGCAUAACUGGGAUCUAUCGUGAGCGACUUGGCCAGCCGCACGCGACCUGGGGCGAGACCUUAUCAAAAUAUGCCUCGUUCAUCUCUCGUAUCGGUGGAAACGCUGAAGAAGCAAUGGAGCAAGCCAUCCAACAGAACACCCAUAUUAAGCAGCAAUACGCCAACCGCGAAGAAUUCGAAUUCAAGCUACUCCAGGCUACUCAAGCGGGCGAUAGAGACGCCGAAUACUACGCACUGACCCGGUACCUGAAAUGGGAGAAAAAGACAAUGGGGGUUUACAGCUUUCCCCUGGUCAAUGCCUUGUUCGAGCGUGCCACACUCCGCUUCCCCGUAGACUCCAACCUGUGGGAAGACCACAUUGAGUUUUUGAUAUGGCAGAAAGAUCGUUCAGUUGAUCUUUUGGGCGUUCUCGAGCGCGCCACCCGCCACUGCCCAUGGUCUGGGUCUUUGUGGUCGCAUCGCAUACUGACAUUAGAAGCCGAGCACAGGGAGUUCAACGAGAUCGAAGGUAUUAAGCAUACCGCUACUCGGACCGGUCUGCUCGAGCACUCCGACAUAGAAGAGCUUAUCAAAGUCCAAAUCGCCUGGUGUGGUUACCUUCGGCGCAGAGCUUUCGAUGUAAGCGCGUCAGAAGACGAUGCAGAUAUCGCCGAGGUUGGUAUCCGCUCUGCUCUGGAGCUCGUUCGCGAAGUCGGGAUGAAGAAGUACGGCAGAGACUGGCCUGGCGACUCGAAAUACCGCCUGGAACGCAUUCACAUCAAGUUUUGGCUCCAACGGGGCAACCCAGAAGAGGCGCGCCAUAUCUUUGACAGUCUCGUGAAUCACCACAAAGAUUCGUAUGACUUCUGGUACCGGUACUACAUCUGGGAGAUGGUUCUGUGGGCCAACCACGCGAUGCGGGAUAAGAGCAAUGAAGGCCAACAGCUCCUGGCGCCGACACGGGCGACAGCUGUUCUUGAGCUCGGGAUGGCGCAACUGCAUACAAUCGAUCAACCCGAGCCUCUGAUUGAGAUGUACGUCAACCACUGCGAGCAGCACGAGACCGUGCUCAAGGUGCGCAGCGCGCAGAUUGAGCGACGGCGAGCAGAGCGUAUUGUUGCUAUCAGGAAGCAGAAAGAAGAGGCCGCAGCGGCGGCGAGUCGACCCGAGCAGCAACAGCAGAAUCAUGUUACAGACAAGACCGGCAAGCGAAAGAGAGAGGAUGUUGCUGAUGCAGAUCCUGCCUCGAAGAAAACGAAACCGCUCGAGUCCAACGAAGCGCCAAUCGCAGCAAAUAAUGAUACCAGGCAGACGAGCGAGGCACCAUCUGAUGCUGGCUCCGUUGCCCAGAAACGUGACCGCGAGAAUACGUCCGUUAUUGUGCAGCGACUCCCCCAAAGCGCGACACAGACCAAGAUUCGCCAGUUCUUUAGCGACGCCGGAACCGUGCGCAACGUGACAAUGAAGCUUGAAAAGGACAGCAUGACCUCGAUUGUUGAGUUCGAAAGUCCAGAAGAGGCAGACUAUGCUCUGACAAAGCAAGCCAAGGGGUUCGAGGGUCAUGAGAUCACCAUCAACCGCGGUCAAAACACUACGCUCUACGUCGCGAACUAUCCUGCUCACGCUGAUGAGCCAUUCAUUCGCAAGCUCUUCGCAACAUUCGGAGAAAUCCUGAACGUACGGUUCCCUUCGCUCAAGUACAAUACCCACCGCCGGUUCUGCUACAUCCAGUUCGUCAACGGCGACGAUGCCAUCGCAGCCACGAAGCUGGACGGUACGGAUGUAGAGGGAUUGAAGAUCAUUGCGAAGAUCUCAAAUCCGAACGCGAAAAAGAAACGCGACGGUGCAACUGCUGAAGGACGUGAGGUUUACGUCUGGAAGCUCAACUUCAGAAUCAAGAAGCGCGAGAUCCAAGAAGCCUUUGCGCAGUUCGGCAAGAUCGACCGAGUCAACAUUCCCACCUUGGUAAACGGAAACAACAAAGGCUUCGGCUAUAUCGUUUACGAACGGAAAGAGGAUGCAGACGCAGCGGUCGCUGGUAUGAACAGCAAAGACUUCUGGGGAAUGGAACUCAAGGUGGAGAUCGCUCAUGAUCGCGGAGACACGAAGCCGAAGGUCAAGUCAACGAUCGAAAAUGCGGCAUCUCCAGCAAACCAAGACGCAGCAACUGGUAAACAAGACACAACGGCGGGCACAAAAGGAGAUCGAACCAUCGCCCUUCUCAACGUGCCAGAUACAGUGAACGACGUCCGCAUCAAGACGCUCGCCGAACCUUAUGGGUACAAGAAGAUCACUCUUAUGCCACAGCACGGCGGUGCCACCAUAGAAUUUGAGACUGUGGAGCAGGCUGGUAAAGCUGAGAUUGCCCUUCAAGGUGUCCAGUUUGAGGGCAGGAAUCUACGUAUCGGACGAUACAAGGAUCUCAUUGCGCAAAAGGGAGAGUGGAAGGCGGGCAAUAGCUUUGUGCAGCCCACGCGCGUGAACAGGCCCACUGCUGCUCGCGGCGGCGCUCGCGGUGGUCUUCGAGGCCGUGGGAAACCUGGGCUAGGGUCAAGGCCAAUGGUGCCUCGAGCAACUGGAGAAGCUAACGGUGGAGAAGCCAAGAGCAACGACGACUUCCGUGCUAUGCUUUUGGGUAAGGAGAAGGCGUCGGGGGAGAACACGCAGUAGCAACAGAUAUUUCGGCAUUACUGGGCUUUUCAGCAUUUAGAGGAGUGUUAAGGGAAAGGACAUGGUGCAUUAUGAGCGGAGUUCGCCCAGAAAACGCAGUGCAACGAAAGCAUCGUGGGCAUGGGAACCGGUUCGCUGUAUGUAUUGUAGUAGAGUAAUGGUAAU